CCACAAAGUUACGUUGCAAGAAAUAGAAUUCUCCACAAAUUUAAUGUUGGUGUAAAAUCAACACGACAAAGAUGUUUCUAAUGUGCGUCAGCCUGGAAAAAGUUUUUGUUUAUCUUUGUGUUUCAAUGUAAAGUGAUACACGAAAUAUAUAUUGUCAACAUUACGACUUGCAAAACUUGGUUUGGGUAAGAAGAUAAAUGGACAGAUAGCAGAUAUUUUUGUAGAUGGAAGUCACGCUUGCUCACGAUUUUUAAUCAAGUGUGCAAGUCGAAUUUUCAUUUUUUUCAGACAGUUAUUUUUUUGUUUUGUUCCAAAAUUUUAACAAUCAAACGAUAUCUUCCCAUACCUUUUAAAACAAGACUAUAAUUUCAAAUAUCAGCUAAAGUCUGAAAAAAAUGCAUUAUCUUCGUGUUUGUAUUUGAACGUUAUAUUGAAAUUUUUAUUUGCUAAACGGUUUUUGUAAGAAGAUGUCGAAGAGCAUCAAGUUACUUCGUUGUUCUCUGCAAGUUUUUUAUGAUUGGCGAACAGAAGGUUAAUGUUUUUGAUAAAUGAGAGCAUUAAGAAGUGCAUUAUGAACCUAGAAGGAAGUCACGGUGGCGGACAAUUUGUAAUCAACACCACAAAAACUGCUGAAACAGCAAAUAUUUACGAGAGUGACACUCUCAAAAUUUGUCGUAAAAAGCCAAAUCAUUAUGAAAAGAUUUGCGUAAAACCUGUUGUUAAAUCUACAGAUAAGAAAAGCGACCACAUUGGAAAUCUGGGAGAGGAGACAUGUUUUUUUGUUCUCGCAAGCCCACCAGGAACACCUGUUGCAACAACUUCAGGUAUACCGUCAUAUGACAACAACUUGCAAAGUUGCUUUCCAAACAAAUACUCUACGCCGUAUCAUUCAUAUGAUACAAUCGGACCAGAUGUGUUCACACGCGUUCAUAUACCUAAAGAAACAUCUCUUUCAUCAGGUGUUGCAUCAGGUGAGUCCAGCGACACAUCGGUAGAUAUUCCAAAUACUUGCAAAAGUGCUAAAUCGCACCGAAUCUUGGUUGACGAUUGCGACCACGAUUAUUCAGGCAGUGCAUCUCCCUUAGCAGGAACGAACGUGCAAGUUAAUGUUCGUACAAAAGACUUUGAAAGCUUCGAUGAUUUCUGCAACGACUUCACGAAAUCAAACAAACAAUUUCGUACUCAAUCGACACAAACAGAUCAUACAAUAUCAUGCCCAUGCCCUUGUUCUGGAGCAAGACAGAGGCAUGAUUACGGAAACCCGAAAACGCUUCGUCCAAAUUUUUCAGUCAAGUCUCAACUGAUUUUAAACUCGCCAUUGGAAAUGUCAUCAAGACGAGAUUCUGGUUACUCGUCACAAAGCUAUACACCGGUGUCGCCUCGACAUAUGGAUUUUAGUUUGUCGUCUAUAAGUGAGAAUGACAAAACCGCUAGUGAGAAAUUCAAUGCUGUUGACGUCAUUGUUAAUGGUAAUAGCAAGCCGUUAAAACAACAAUACGAUGAAGCCAAAGAAAGUUACUUAGCAAGUAUUAAAAAAACUCAUGUUGAUUUUGGUAAAGAACUUUUUUUGAUAGAAUUGAAAAAACUACUUUUACGAACGGAAUUAAGUUCCUUAUCUCCAUGUGGCGCGAACGACAAAACGUGGCAACCUAUUUCACCCAAAGUGAAACCAUUACGCAGUGUGUUAAGAAAUGGCGGCGUAAAUGUUUUGGAAAUACGCGAUUCGAAUGUUCUGAGAGCAAGAAAAAACAAUUCACCGGUCAGCGGUAAAGAAGUUGUUGAUAUCAUUUUACAGGUUCGGCAAUGUUUACAUAUUGUUCAGAAAUUAAAACAAGGACCAGAAAAAAAUAAAAUCAAAAUAUAUCAAAAAGUUAAAUUAAAAUCAUAUCAGUCAACUCUAAACAAAGACCUUUCAAACAAUUUGCAGACCAGAAAGAGACCAAGUCUGGACAAAUUUCAGGACUUUCGGAAGGAAAAAAAUUCUUUAACCGAAGCUGACACGAACUGUUUUCCAUGUAAUCGCAAGCAAAAGAGCAAACAAACUGUCCCGCACAACGCGCCCAGCCUGUUAAAUACAUCUGCUAAAAAAGGUGAUAUCAAAAAGAUUUUAGAAUUAAUGCAAGCCAACCAGAUGGACGUAAAUCAGAAAGAUUCGAACGGCUGGCCCGCUAUACAUCAUGCUUUCAAAAACAAACACUAUCGUACCGCUUUCCUGCUACUGGAAGCCGGUGCAAAUAUGAAAGAAUAUACUAAUCAGAGAAUAAAAGAAUAUAAAACAACCGUAGAAAUUUUAAAUAAAAAUAAGGUAUUGUUGAAAUCCUAAGUUAAAAAUAAUUUAUUUUCAACCAUCAUAUGUCAUACUAUUUACAUUAAUAUAAAAUUCAAAAAAAAAAAAAUUUUUUACGUUGUCAUCCUCAUUUUAUUCCAGACGAAUUUUUGCGAAAAUAAGACAUUGAUAAAAGUAAAAGGUUUGUGAAAGAUCUAUCCGUGAAAAAUUAGAAAAUAGCUAACUCCUGCUUUUGGAUUUUUUUUCUCGAUUCGUU